AUGGAAUCCGCGACCCGCCAGCCCGUGAGAACGCCUCAUGAACAGAAGGAACGUCGAAGAAAUUGCAAGAAUGUCACCGUCUCUUCGUUCCAGUGCGUGUGGGCGGCUGGGUCGUUCCGGCGCGACGACGACCUCCGUUCAGAACCCGCCGCCGUGAAACCGACACCGGUGUCAUCUUUAACACUAUACCUUUCUUUGGGCUACAUUAUUCUCGUUUCCACUCUGUCGAUAUCCUACCAGUAUCGCCUGCAGGAGCCAGGAAUGCAGGAGACUGACAGUGAUGAACGAGCUUUGGGAGUCUUCCAGUGCGACUUCUGCAGGAAGAGUUUCGGCUCGAAUGGGGACCUCGCGAGGCAUUUGGUCGUGCACAGCCAGGAGAAGCCUUACCCGUGUGAAAUGUGUGGAAAGUGUUUCGGACGGAAGGACACUUUGCUGCGGCAUUCCAGUCUCCACACGGAGUCGAAGCCUCACGCCUGUGACGUUUGCGGGCGAGCGUUCCGGCAGAAGAGUAAUUUGCUGAGCCAUCGCCUGGUGCACACGAAGGAACGGCCUUACGGAUGCGCCGUGUGUGGGAAACGCUUCGGCCAGAGGAGCAACUUGGUCAGCCAUUCGCUUCUUCACUCGGACGAGAAGCCCUUCGAAUGUGCCGUCUGCGGGAAGCGUUUCGUGCAGAAGAGCAACCUCAAGAGCCACGCCACGACGCAUACAAACGAGAAGCCCUUCGAGUGCGCCAUUUGCGGCAAGAGCUUCGGGCAAAGGAGCGGCCUGCUGAGCCACUCUUCGGUGCACAGCCAGGAGAAGCCCUUUGAGUGUGGCGUCUGUGAUAAGUCUUUCCGACGAAGGGACAUGCUUGCGCAACAUGCCUUUGUGCACACGGGGGAGAAGCCCUUCACGUGUGAGAUCUGCGAGGCGCAAUUCUCGCGGAAGAGUAAUCUGACGAGGCACCGCUCCGCCCACCAGACGGAACCGGCGGCUUCGUCCCUAACGAGGGUGUUCUGCUCAAGUUAAGUUCACACAAGUUGCUUUUGACAAGGGACGUGCCGGGUUCUGCAUGGUAAAAUAGUGCUGAGAUUGUCCUUUUUCGGUAUAUUUACUUUUGUAUACUUUAGUAUAUGAAUGGCCUUUGAUUAUCAAAAGAAAAAAGCAGCUAAAAAUAUACGAAUCAUAUGUAAGAUGGAAGUAUGAAUACAAAUGUUCAACAAAUAUAGUUGUUCUCAGCCCCUAGCGUUU